CGUCAAAUCACAUACAUAACAUAACCCAUUUUAUAUCAAUUUUUUUUUUAUUUAAAAAAUUAAAUACGUCUUUUUCGUUAUUAUUAUUUAGUAUAUUUUUUAUUUUUAUUAUUACCAUCGAUUUGUGUUAUUGUCUCUAGUGUUAAGUGUAUUAGUUGUAUUCUACACAGUAGCCCGAUUUUCCGCCGUUUUACCGGAAUUUCUUGUAUAUAUUUUAUAUAUACAUAAUUUGUGCCCAACCCAAUUUGGUACGGGCCACCGUCACUGCGUAAAGCAGCUGAAUUUUGAAUAUUUUUAUCCACCCCGAUCGCGUUCUGUGCGCUUCGCCGACCGCUACGAUGACUUGCUCUCGAUUGGUACGUCCGUUGACGGAUCUCGACUGAUACGAUAACGUACGCCCGACGAACGGUUGCACCUUUCGAAAUGGAAAACUUAUGAGGGUACGGCGUUGACAUAAACACCGCACGAUACAUCACUACGAGCAUGCACCCCCGGAGCUCGAACUCGAACCACCCGAGACGUGAACAGCCAAAUAUGUAUUCGAACUCUAAUCAACAAUUUGGUCAUCCAGCUCCCCAAGUACCAAAUAGUGGGUAUAUACUUGGACAAGCUCAACGUCCCAGACAUUAUGCAAAUCCAAAUACUCAUAGCGUAGGUGAUAUGAAGAAUAAUCACAUGCCAAAUUUAUCUCACGCGCAAAUUCAAAUGGUUACAGCAGGAGGAAUGCCUACACGGCCUCUCUCCCACCAUUUAAGACAAAAUGCACCACGUAAUUUACCAAGAGGACCCUUCCAGUACCAGAUGUAUUUACCACCCAAUAUGGCUGCUGCUUCUGCUGCCGCUUACCCAAGUCCCAAUCAUACAACAUAUUACCAGUUCCCACCACAGCCUUCACAAACAGCUGUACUUAUGACAGCACCAUAUUUGCAAGCAAACUAUUCAGCUAAUCAUCAACCAGGCAUGUUUUUCUCAGCAACACCUUCCAGACAAUUGCAGGUGUCUAAUUUACCCCAAGGGCCACAAAAUCCCCCACCUUCAGCUAAUAUGAAUAGUGCUCAAAAUACACAUGGACAAUCCAUCAUUGUGCAGCCACAACCAAUGGAGAUGGCUAAUAGUUCACAACCUAUUCAAGUACCUCCGCAGCAACCUGUUACACCAAUAUCUGAACCCAGGCCGCCAGUACGAAGAAAACAAGCCAUAAAAAUAAUUGAUCCUAAAACUGGCAAUGAAGUAAAUUUAAACAACCCACAGCAACCAGAACCAAGUGCUGAUGAGUUAGAAAAAAUGAAAGUUCAAAGUCAAUUUCAAAGUCAAGUUCAGAGUGCUGUUCAAAAAAAUGAUUCCAAAGUAUCUGAUAGUAAUCAGAGUUCUGAAGGAAAGGAAAAAGUCAGAAAUGAAUUUCAAUCUCAAGUUAAAAAGUUAGCUAGUGAAGGAACAUCACCGUUAAAAUCAGAUGAAGUUCAAGAAGAAUCUGUCUUAACCAAACCUGAAGAAACUGAAGUUGUUGUUGUUUGUGAAGAUACAGCAGUAACCAAAAGUGAACUUGUAUUGAAAUCAAGUUCAAAUGUUAUUGUUGUAAACACAGUUGAUGUUGAUGUUAAUGCUGAAGAAACCUCUAAUUACUCACCACCGACUAUGGCUGUAAAUAGCGAUAAUCCAGAAUUUGAUUCAGAGCCUCAAUCUACAGAUGUUGUUACCAGUAUCCCAGAAGAUUCUAGUUAUGCCAAAAAAUUGUCACCUGAAGACGAAUCCUUGAAACCAGUCAAAUCAAAAAAAAGCAAAAGCAAAAAGAAGAAGGGAGUAGUUGAACAACAAAAAAAUGUUACAAAAGACUCGAAUGAUAGUUCAGUAGUAAAUGCUGUACCUAACAAAGUUGUGGACAAUUCCGUUGAGAAUAAUACAGAAUCUAUAGCAGAAAUCAACACUGUAGAGAUUGAUGCAAAUUCGAUACAAAGUAAAGAAAAUAAAUAUGAAAACGAAAACUGUAACUCGAAAAUUGAAGAAGAAAUCAGUAUACAAAAAUCUGAUGAAGUAUCAGAACCACUGGAAACUAACAAAAACGGAGUUAGUCAUGAACCUGCAGAAGUUAUUGCACCUAAACUUCCUAGUUACAUAGAAAAUUUACCUUAUGAAGAAGAUCAAUGGAGUGCUACUAAUACCUCUGGAAAUAGGGUGUAUUCAAGAGCUUUUUUGUUGCAACUUGGUAGUGAAGUUGUGUGUCAAAAGAAGCCGGAUAUUUUGAGAAGCUGGGGUCACAUAACAAGGUCUGUCAACUCUUCACAAUAUAAUUCUAUAGGAUUAGGAGGAGGUGGAAUGCCAAUAGCGAGAUCACAAAGUGCUAGUGCAACAGGAUUUAUGCCUGCAUAUGGUGCUUAUUUAAAAUCUGGUGGUAAUAGUCAGCGUGGCAUGCCUAUAAUGCCUGGUGCUAAACGCAAUAGCAGUCAUGGUAAAACUGCUAAUAAAACUGCCAAGCCAAAUACUAUUCAUAUGUCUCUAUCACUAAGAGAAGAAGUCAAGUUAAAUCAGACUGAAAAUGCAUGGGUUCCAACAGCUAUUAAAAAAGCUACCAAAAUUGAUGCAUCUAAAAAUAAAAAUGAAGAUGAUUUAAAAACUGAGGAUGUCAACAAAAAUGUAAGAUCAAUUUUAAACAAAAUUACUCCAGAAAACAAGGAUUCAUUGACUGAUACUUUUAAAGCGUUGCCCAUUGAUUCAUAUGAACGAUUAGAAAAAACCAUAGAUUUAGUAUUUGAAAAGGCAAUUGAAGAACAAAGUUUUGCUCCUUUGUAUGCAUCUCUCUGCCAUGCUAUGCAAGGUGUUCAAGUAAAUACUGAUGGCAAAACCACUUCAUUUAAAAAACUUAUCAUUAGUAAAUGCCAAAGUUUAUUUGAAUUGGACAAAGCUCAAGAAAUGGAUUCUGCUAAAAAACUUGCAGAAAUAAAUUCUUGUAAAGAUCCUGAUAAGAAAAAGGAACUUCAAACAGAAUUUGAAGAAAAUGAGAGAAGGCUGCGUAAACGUUCUGUAGGAAAUUGCAGGUUCAUUGGCGAGUUAUUUAAACAAAAAAUUCUUACACCAAAUAUUAUGUUGUAUUGCAUAGUCAAUUUAGUCACUAAACAUGAUGAAGAACCUUUAGAAUGUUUAUGCAAUUUGUUAAAGACUGUUGGAAAAGAGUUAGAACAAACAUACAAUUUAAAUGAAACUUUUGAUAAGUUAAGAGGGUUAACUUCUAAAGAAAUGAAAUCCAAAAUUCCCUCGAGGAUAAGAUUUAUGAUCCAAGAUGUUAUAGAUUUAAGAAAAGACAAAUGGAUACCUAGACGUUUAGAUAAUAAACCUAAAUUAAUAAAUGAAAUAGAAAAUGAUGCUAAGAAUGAGGCUAUAGAACAAUCAAUGGCAUUAUCUUACAAUAGACCAGAAAAAUCACGAGAUAAUCAUCGUGGUGAUGACAAGUUUAGAGGUGGUGAUAAUAAAAAUCGCCGUAAUGAUACUGAGUGGAAUGUUGUUCAAAACACUAAAUAUAAACAACAAAACUACACUAUUGAUCAAUCUAAACUUCAAGGCUUACAAGGAUUGAAGGAACCUUCAUCAGUAUCGUUGGGACCUUCCUCUAAAUGGUCUUUUUCACAUACUCCUGGAAGCAAAAAUAAUAGUUUUACUAGCAGCAAUACUUAUGCUGCUCUAAAUGAUGAUAAAAAAUCCUCAAAUUCACAACUAAUGUCCAAUAAGAACACACCCCGAAAACCAAUGAUUUCAGAGUCUGAAGAAAGGCAAAGAAUGAUGUCAGGUGUAGCAAGUAUGAUGCCUCAAUUUGCACAACCAUCUCCAUCGAUUAAUUCUGCUGCCACUCCUCAAGCACCUAAAGAGGUUGUUGAAGAACCAGUAUCUAUUGAAUUAGAUCCUGAGGUGGUUGACAAAAUUAAUAUGCAAUGCAAAAAUAUUAUCCAGGAAUAUGAACAAAUGCAUAAUAUAGAAGACGUUAUCUAUUCGCUGAAAGAAGAUAAUAAUUCUACUAUUCGCACUAGGCAUGAGGAAUUUGUUAAAUAUAUGUUAUUAACCACACUAGAAAUGAGUCCUAAAUGCCAAACUGAAGCUGGCAAAAUGUUUGCUGAACUUUUAUCAAAAAAUGUCCUUUCUAUGGUAGCAUUGACUCAAGGGAUUGAUGCUGUUUUAAAAGAUUGGAAUGAUUAUUUAAUGGAUUACCCUCAAUUUUUUUCCUAUAUUGCUGCCAUUACUGCUCCGUUAUUAAUUUCAAAGACUGCUUCUUUCGACUUUUUUAAUUUAAGAGAUGCUUGCAAAUCUAUAUGUCCUGACAAUUCUAGCAAGUAUUUUAUUGAAAUUUUACAAAAAAUUCUGAGUUCUAAAGAAACUCAAGAUAUUAAAGAGCAAGGUGGAAUACUAUGGAUUUAUAAUAAAUGGAGGAAAUCGGAAAAAAUAUCCAUUGAUGUUUUUGUACCAAACAAUAAACUUAAUGAACACUUCAAAGAAGAUAGAGUUGGAGUUUUUUUACUAUCCAUUGCUAUGUAUGAUAAAAUGAAGUUGACUGAUAGUAAACUAUUAUAUGAUAUAAUGCAUCAGUGGAUAACUGAUAACAUUGAUGAGAAAAUAAUUGAAUGUCCCCAAUUUGUACGGGCAUUAACAAUAGCUAACGUAAUAGCAUGUUUAAAACCCAAUCUUUCUUUUGAUGAGUUCUUCGACCAUGUCUAUGUUAAGUUGCUUACUUGUUACAUUCGAUCUAAACCAUUGCCUGUACCAGAAAUUCAAGCACGGGAAGUACAAUGUUUGUAUGGAAUCCAAAUAAUGUCUGCUGCGCUUGAACAUCCAGGAGGUAUGGUAUUGAAACUGUUCCACAAGCUCUACCAAGAUAGUGUUAUCAGUAAAGAAUCCUUUGAACUAUGGAAAAAUGAUGAUGUAUUCAAACCAGGAUUUGAUGAAGACCUUGAAACAAAAACAAUGGCAGUUGUGGUGUUGAACUCAUUCUUCCUUUCUCUUUCAACCAAUGAUUCCGAUGAAGAAGAAACGAUCGACCCGUAAUGUAACUAAACAACUGUUAUAUUAUACAUUUACCAGUCGAAAUCUGAUGUAAUCUGAUGUUCUUCUUAUUUUUUUAUUUUAUUUUAUUGUAGAUACCGUGUUAUAAAAAUUUAUAUAAAUAAGAUAAAAAAAUAAUUAUAAAUAA